AUGUCAGAUUCGAAGCCAGCUUCUCGUCCACCCUCUGCUGAGCGCAGCCCUGAGGUGCCGCUACCGAAGGGGACGGCGGAGGUAAGCUCGAAAGAAGAGGAAAGCAAGUUCGAAGUUUACCAUGACAAUUCGAACCAAUAUGUUACAGGCAUCAAGUUGGCGUUGAUCGUCGCGAGCGUGACGCUUGCUUGCUUCUUAAUGCUUCUGGACACGAUGAUCGUCAGCACUGCCAUCCCACGUAUCACCGACACUUUCAAUUCGCUUCCAGAUGUCGGAUGGUAUGCCAGCGCUUACCAAUUUGGCAGGUUCAUCGGUUCUGUUCUAUGCGGCGCUGCUGUCUCGUCUGAUAUGUUGAUCGUCGGACGUGCCGUCGCUGGUUUUGGCGCCGCCGCUGUGCACCUCUUGAGAAGCGUCCUGCUCGGUCUUGUAGCAGGACCUCUCAUAGGAGGUGCUUUUACUUCUUAUACUACAUGGAGGUGGUGCUUCUACGUCAAUUUACCAGUUGGGGCUUUUACUGCACUAGUUAUCCUUCUUGUCCGUAUUCCUGAACAAAUGCCAAAACAAAAGCCUUUGGUGGUUUUAUCGAGAUUACACCACUACCUAGAUCUCACAGCUGUGUGGGCAUCCGGGCUCUUCCAGGCCUUCAUGCUUUCGGCUGUUUACGGCGCAACAUUCUUUCUUCCCAUUUACUUCCAGGCAAUCAACAAUGCGGCAGCGAUACUGAGUGGCGUAUAUCUUCUGCCCACGAUUCUACCACAACUUUUGAUGGCUAGUCUUUCCGGAGUUAUAUUACAGAAAACUGGCUUCAUCAUUCCGAUAGCCGUAGUCGGCACUGUCUUUCUUUCCCUAGGAAGUUCGACCGGGGACUGGGUCGGCUUUCAAAUUCUGGGAGGUAUCGUGUCAGGUCUCAGCAUGCAACUGGCUAUCAUAUCAAUCCAAGCCGCUGUUGGGGAAGCGCAACUUGCCACCGGUAUGGCUCUUGUCAUCUUCGCUCAAUCGCUAGGCCCAGCUAUCGUCUUGGUUGUGUGCAACGUGAUUUUCAACUCUAGCUUGAAGGCUCAACUACAGGACAAGGCGCCGGGCGCUGAUGCGGCAGCGGUCAUCCAGGCAGGCGCGACAGGCUUUCGUGCCAUUGUGGAGGGUGAGGAUCUCCCAGGGGUCCCUGUCGACUAUGCCGUCAGUAUCGACCGAGUCUUUUAUUUCGUUGCCGCAAUAGCCACUGCAUGCAUUGUCGUACUAUGA